GCCCCAGGUCCCGGUCGCGGUCCCCUCGCGCACAGCGCGGCCCCAGGAGCUCCGACUCUCGUGGCUACUACGAUCGCGACGCUCCCCAGGACCGCAGCCGCAGUCGGACGCCGCCGGAGAGAUUCCUGUCGAGGGAUGUGAUCAUCGAAGGAUUUGGAGCAGAGGUGCAAGAUGAUGACGUUGUUACCCCUAUCUACCCACCGUUACCACCCGCACACACCCGCACACACUCAGUCUCAAAUGCAGUGUCAACAUUGCCUUCCUUUGCAUUACCCCCACAUCCACGUUUUGCUUGCUGGGACAGUUUUGCUGAAAGAGGGAUUGCGAGGACCCGUGGCGGCGUGGCCCGCCAGGGUUGCGUGAUUUGGAAUGCAUACAGAUUAUGAGAGAACUUGUUGAGGAACUUCGAUUGACGGGAAUUGAGAAGGUCACCCUCAUAAGAGACCGCAAGACUGGAGUAUCGAGAGGAUUCGCCUUCAUUCAUUUCACUACAACUGCCGACUCUUCGGCAUUCGUGGAUACCUUUGGACCUUCUGUCCGGAUUGGGGAUGACAGAUGUCGGGUCGCUUUUUCGAGGGAGCGGGAAGGACGCAGGCGAGAUGACGACGGAGAGGAAUGGCGAUGUCGAGUAUGUCUACUAGUCAACUAUCCGCGACGCCAGGAGUGCUUCCGUUGUUCGACCCCGAGAUCAGAGGUCACUCUCACAGGCACUCUGACGCAUCCAACACCUACGUACUUCACCAACGACGGCGAGAGAGACAUGGCUGCUUCGCCACCAUCGCAGUUCCUUCUCUUCCGCAACCUUGAGGCUGGCGUCAACGAGGAACUUUUGGCCAAGGGCGUCAUGAAGUUGGCCACACCAGCCUCUCCUACCGGAGCUGCGGAAAGUUCCAUCAAGCGGGUGCUACUGGUGCGCGAUCGUCGGACGAACGAGUCGUGGCGCUAUGGGUUUGCCGAGUUCUCGACGCCACAGGAAGCACAGAAGGCCUUCAGGGUGUAUGAGACCACAGAAAAGUUCACCAUCAGCUCGAAGCCAAUCGCAAUCUCGUACAUCCACCCCGGAGUGUUCGUGCCGGUAUACAACGCACCGAACGAGGCGGAGCGAUUCACGUUCCUGCCGCUCACCCCCGUAGGCGGUGGUAUGAGAUUGGCCUACUGGGAUGAGGAGGGAUACGUGAGCGAGCUGGUACUCAACACUGCGGAGGAGAAUCCGCAGGGUGAAGAAACCAAAGAAACCGCGGCCGGUGAGAAGAAGUCCAAGAAGCGGAAAGCAGAGGUAGCACCUGGCGGCUCCGCGGCCGAAAGACUCGCGGCCAAAAAGGCGACACUACCAGCGCAUCUACAGUUCUGGCAGAACCGUCAUUCGGAGCUGCACGGUGGCCGUCCCAAGGCCGCGAACCAAGCCGCGAAUGCCGCCGGCACGGAGGGCGGCGAAGGCAGCCCCGCCGCAUCAACGCAGGGCAAGGAAGAGAACAGGGGCCCGCAAGAGUCCUUCGCGGAUCUAAAAAAACUCGCCUGUCUCCUCUGCUCGCGCAUGUUCAAGACUGCCGAGAAGCUGCACCAACACGAGCGCGUCUCGGACCUGCACGCCACAAACCUUGGCAACCCGACGCUCUGCGAAACGGCGCGCAAGAAGCUGCCCAAGAACACUACUACCACCGCCGCUGCUUCUUCCUCUUCGGAAUACCGCGACCGCGCCAAAGAGCGCCGACAGGCCUUUCCCUCCACCGUCCCCACCACCAGCAACGCCCAGAAGAAGAAAUCCAAGACCUCGCCGCCGGCCGAGGCGGCCGAAGCGCCACAGCAAAAUAAGGGCGCGGCGCUCCUCGGGAAGAUGGGCUGGACGCAGGGACAGGGCCUUGGCGCUACCGGCGAGGGCCGCACGGAUCACGUCGUGGCGGAAAUGUAUACCGCGGGCGCGGGACUGGGCAUGAAGGGGGCGAAGGUGGGCGAUGUUGAGGAGGCCGCGAAGUCUGGUGGCGGUGGCUAUCAGGAGUUUGUUAGGAAGACGAAGGAAAGGGCGAAGGAGAGGUAUGUUGAGAUGGAGUAGCAUGGAGCGUGACGGGGCUUUGACGGGGCUUUGAUCAAGGCUUGCACGCUGUGCGCCUGGGGCGAAGGUAUCUACUUACAUACUAUCUAUAUACUCGCGAGGAGUGGGCGGGUUGUAUUGCACAUAGUUCAUAGUUCAUGCUGCCGUGUUUCGUAAAUUGGUAGUUCCGAAUCGUGCGUUUCGGUCAGUAGGCUGAGUAUUUACAUGGAUCGAUGUAGAUACGUUGGAAGUGAAGCCGAGUGAUAGCACCAUGCAUACGUGUGUCCAUCAACUCUGAGCUUCCGCCCAGUAGGUAUUGG